UUCCUCCUCCUCUUGUUACGGCAGCUUGUAACUAGUCGGCGCUCUUCCCUCUUUAUUUGGUCUCCAUGGUGCAGCUACGCCUCUACAGUCUCGGCACUGUCGGCAGCAGUGUAGUAGUAAGCUGCCUGCCGCGCACUGAGCUCGCAUCUUGUGUCACAGUGUCACCGGGAGAGGGGCGACAGACUGCUGCGCGUCAAAGCAUAACAGCUACCAUCCGCACCGUUCAAGCGACAUCCUGCCGCGGGCAAUGACACUGGCAGACUGAAGUGGGAAUACACGAGAAAUCACAAAAAUGACGGUGGACUUUGAAGAAUGUAUAAAAGACUCGCCCCGAUUCAGGGCUGGCAUUGAUGAUGUCGAGACAGACGUGGUGGAGAUUGAAGCCAAGCUUGACAAGCUGGUGAAGCUGUGUGGUGGCAUGAUUGAGGCCGGCAGGGCCUAUGUCAGUGCCAACAAGCUGUUUGUUAACGGCAUCAAGGACCUGUCCCAGCAGUGCAAGAAGGAGGAGAUGAUAUCGGUGAGUGGAAGAGAAAGCCUCCAGGAGAUCGUCAACUACCACACGAUUUUGUUUGACCAGGCUCAGCGGUCAAUCAAGCAGCAGCUUCACACCUUCAUUAAAGAGGAUGUGCGUAAAUUCAAGGACACUAAGAAGCAGUUUGACCGGGUGCGCGAGGACAUGGAGCUGGCCCAGGUGAAAAACGCUCAAGCACCCAGGAACAAGGUCCACGAGGCGGAGGAAGCCACUCAGGCUCUCAUCCUCAGCCGCAAAGCCUUCAGGCACCUGGCACUGGACUAUGUGCUACAGAUUAAUGUGCUUCAGGCUAAGAAGAAGUUUGAAAUCCUGGAUGCAAUGCUGUCCUUUAUGCGAGCCCAGUACACUCUGUUCCAGCAAGGCUUUAACAUCUUGGAUGAGAUUGACCCCUAUAUGAAAAAAUUGGCUGCGCAGCUGGACCAGCUGGUCAUCGACUCGGCCAUAGAGAAGCGGGAGAUGGAACACAAACACGCCCUCAUCCAGCAGAGAACUCUGAUGCAGGACUUUUCCUAUGAUGACCCCAAGUUGGAAUUCAAUGUGGAUGCACCAAAUGGUGUGGUCAUGGAGGGCUACCUCUUCAAGAGGGCCAGCAAUGCGUUCAAGACCUGGAACAGGAGGUGGUUUUCCAUACAGAACAGCCAGCUAGUCUACCAAAAGAAACUCAAGGACUCUUUGACAGUUGUGGUAGAAGACCUGAGGCUGUGCUCAGUCAAGCCGUGUGAAGAUAAUGAGAGGAGGUUCUGCUUCGAGGUGGUUUCACCCACUAAGAGCUGUAUGCUCCAGGCUGAGUCUGAGAAGCUGCGACAGGCUUGGAUCCAGGCAGUCCAGGCAAGCAUUGCCUCUGCUUACAAAGACACUGCUGACAACUAUUACACUGAGCGCUUGGACCGGACAGCCUCGCCCUCGACAAGCAGCAUCGACUCUGCCAGCGAACCAAGAGAAAGGGGGGAGAGGGCAGAGAAAGGGAUUCGGGGAGGGGGAGAAAGCCUUCUACAGAGGGUACAGAGCCUGCCAGGCAAUGAACUGUGCUGUGACUGCGGACAGACGGCUCCCUGUUGGGCUUCCAUCAACCUGGGUGUGCUGCUAUGCAUUGAGUGCUCAGGAAUCCACAGGAGUUUAGGCGUCCAUUGCUCUAAAGUGCGUUCACUGACGUUAGACUCCUGGGAGCCUGAGUUACUCAAGCUGAUGUGUGAACUGGGGAACACUGUGAUCAACCAAAUUUAUGAGGGAGGCUGUGAGGAACAAGGAGCAAAAAAACCUGGACCCUCCAGUUCAAGACAGGAGAAGGAAGCCUGGAUUAAGUCCAAAUACGUGGAGAAACGCUUCCUUAAGAAAAUGAGUGGAAGUGAGGCACUGGUGGAGGGUGAAAGGAAGUCGCAGCCCUGGACAGUGAAAAAGUGCCAGCGACACAGCAGCUCUGUUCGGGCCCCCAGCAAAGCCCGCAGGAAAUACCACCGCUACGAGCCAGGCAGCGCCUCACCUGCAAACCUCUCAGCAGCAGCAGCAGCAAAGUUUCGCCGGGACUCGCUGUUCUGCCCAGAUGAGCUCGACUCACUAUUUUCCUACUUCGACACUGGCUCUGGUCCUCGCAGUCUCAGCAGUGACAGUGGCCUGGGAGGAAGUACCGAUGGCAGCACAGACAUCCUGGUUUUUGGCUCAGUGGUGGACAGCGUCACAGAAGAAGAGGAGUCGGAGGAGUCUUCCAGUGGUGAGGUGGAGAUCGAACAGGAAGUGCCUUCAGACCCUGAGGACCUGAGGGAGCUACACCCUGGGGCGCUUCUCCGCCAGUCCUCCCGUCUACACAACCUGCCACUCAUGGCAGAGGCUUUGGCACAUGGUGCUGACAUACACGCUGCAAACGAGGAGGAGGAGGGGAAGACGCCACUCAUACAGGCUGUGAUCGGGGGCUCUCUGAUAGCUUGUGAGUUCCUGCUACAGAACGGAGCUGAUGUGAACCAGAGGGACAUGAGAGGCAGGGGCCCGCUGCACCAUGCAACCUACCUGGGGCAUACUGGUCAGGUGUGUUUGUUCCUGAAGAGAGGAGCAUCACAGACAGAGGUGGACGAGCAGGGUCAUGACCCCCUAAGUAUUGCUGUCCAGGCUGCCAACGCAGACAUCGUCACCCUAUUGCGUCUAGCACGGAUGAACGAGGAGAUGCGAGAGGCCGAGGCUCCACUGGGUCAACCAGGUCAAUACCCCAGCAGCAGCCCUACUGAGCAGCAGUAUAGGAAGUGCAUUCAGGAAUUUAUCUGCCUCACAAUAGACGAAUGCUAGUUGUCACUUCUAUAUCUGGGAGCAUAACUCCUGCUCUCUCUAUAUAUUUUUCUUCCUGACCGGGGAACAUAAAAUAAUUGUGUAGACGAAGUUGCCCCUAGACGCUGAUAUCACGUUUGUUACUUACAUAGAUUUAGGCCUACAGGCAACUUCUUCGGGGCUUGUGAGAAAAGAGGAGAGCGCCACGUGUUCAUUAUGGGGAUGCGUUGUGUGAUAGGGAGACCCCUGAUGGACCUUUUUAACUCUGCUAUUGAUGCAGUCACCACCUCCAUUUCUUGCAUCACUUCUAUGUUUCUGCUUGCCAUUACCCAGCACCACCCAUGCUAUGCUAUGCUGCAGCACAUGCACACACGGUAAAAUGGCAUCUGCUUUUUGGUGUUCUGCUAACAGGGUUAUCCUCAAACUUAACAUGGUGUAACCUCUUGUCUGAGGGUGUGAGUUUGCUGUCGCCUAACAGCUCUUACCACAGAAGACUCUUGCAGCAUUAACCACCUACAUUUGAUAUCUAUACAGACCAUCUGUGACAUCCAGCUUACCCAUCGCUUCUUAAUUGGAAAUGUAAAUAGAGAUAUUUAGAAGUUAUAUGGGUAUUCUUUAAACUAUGUACUGUGGCAUGAGGUGAAAACAAUGGUAUUUGUUUCAUUACUAAAAGAAAAAGCUGUAACUGAUAAGCUACAGUAGAGGUGGGCAGGGUAAUUUGCUUAGAAUGAGGAGGGGCCAGGAAAGGAAAUUAAAUGUAAAACUGUGACAGAAAUACUGAAGGGCUUGUGGGGAAAAGACCCUCACCUGCUUUGUAAGAUACUCUGUGAUGUGAGUGAGCAGGAGAGUAAAAAUGAGUGCAUGUGUCCGAAUUCUGAGAGAUAGAAUUAAAUAAUGUGAUGUUAUGUAAAGGAAAAAGAAACUGCACUUUUCCCAUCUACAGUAUUAUCAUUUUUAUUUUAAAUUAGGUAGUGUGGUGUUUUUUACACUGCUCUUUUCCACUCGAGUUAUUGUCUAUCUAUUUUACUUCUGUUUUUAAUUUAUCUCCACUGAGGAGCAGUGCAGUGCAUUCUUGGAUGCAGGUUUCAUCUGCAUUUUUGUUGAUGAUUGUCGUUUUGAUCUGAAAGCAUUACUUUGGAAUUUAAGACAGGAAGUCUUUAGAUUGCAUGUAUGUACUCAUAAAAAAUGUUUUGCUUUCAUUUCCAUUUUGGAACAGCCUUAAAUUAUUGGCAUUCAAAUAAACGGACAGGUGACACAUUAAAGGAAAAACCAGCAUAAGUGUCUCAGUAAGGUGUUGGAUCACCCUGUCACCAGAACCCUACAGAGGCAUCGCCAGAAUUCUGCGGGUGCAGAUUCUGUUUGGGCCUGUUGAUGAGUGACAUCAUCUUCAUGCUCACCAAACCAUUCAGUGACCCCUUGUGCCCUGUGGAUGGGGGCACUCUCCUCCUGGAAGAGACCACUCCCACUAGUAUGCUUCAUCACAGGGUAAAGGUGAUCACUCAGAACAACUUUGUAUUGAUUUGCAGUGACCCUUCCCUCUAAGGGGACCAGUGGACCCAAACCAUGCCGGCGGCAUAACAGAGCCACCGGAUCUCCUCACUGUAGAGGACAGGCAUUUAGGCUUUUUCUUUAAUUUGUCACCUGUCGGUAACAUUGAAAAAGAUUUUACUAGGUUGUGGUUGUAGCUGUAAUGUACCUUUAUUUUCAAACAAAUUGCAGUCAUUAGUUGGUUACUAAUGACUUUGCUAAGUUGUAAAUGGGAUGUGCAGGCAAAGCAAUGCUGCAAGAGCCAAGUCUUGCAGUGUAGUGAGGAAGUCAAAAAAAAAAAACUGGAUCUCUGUUUUACCAUUAAACAGUUCUUCUGUUCACUGGAAUUUACAGAACCAAAUGAUGAUACAUAGGUAUAUAACCACACCUCCAUUUUAUUGUAAAUACUCAUCCAUAUUGUAGCCUGUGUGGUGACAUUCUGGGGCACAUUUCCUUAGAACAGUUUACACACCUGUGGAGCCAAAGGGAUAUACAGUCCAGAAUGUCAAUAGCUGUGCUUUAGUUUCUGUUUUCUUUUUCAGCCUCUAUGCUUCAGCACAUUCAGUUUUAAACACAAAUUCACACACAUUUGGUUCUAUAUUGAUGUAAGCUCAGACUUGGCAGCUUAAAGUAGUAUCCACUAUUUAAUUUGAAUGUGCAGUAGGAGAGAGCCCGGAGAACAAUAAGUAACUGUCCAAAUACUUGGGGUCUGAGUGUAUCACAGUAUCUGGCUUCCUUCACUGGUCAAUGUGAACAGUGUUCACCGCAUGCUUUGCCAGAAUUAAUUUUGGGAAGUUUUAACAUCGUUUGCAUUAUGAGCAUGAUAGAAUACGUUUUCUAUGGUUUGAUCAUGUCGUACAGUGCUGUCCCGUGGAAUAAGCAUGUACCACCAUGACCCCUCCGGUGUCCGAAGUUUCUUCCUUGUUGCACAUCUGUGCCAUUCUUCCAUCCACAGACCAAAUCUGUGGUGAUUUCCUCAUUUCUCUCUUUGAUGUUUGUCCACAAACACUAACUAACAGUAAUAUUGUUAUUUUUAUAUGUUGUGGUUUUAUUUUCUUCUGCCAAAGACUUUUUAAAGGGAAAGUGUGUGACAUUGUAUGAUAACUGAAACUGUGCGGAGUAGAUGCAUCAUAUAGUCUUACCAUGCUUUGUUAAGUGACUGAGUGGUAGAAACACUGUUGGUGUACUGACAUGCUCAAAAGAAGUUACAGAAAUGUGACUGACCUGAGAGGUUUUGAUACGACAGGUCAUAUUCUGCAAUAGAUUGAUGUACUGCAAGUAGAACCAGUCUAGGGGGUGAUGUGAAGCUACUGUGACCAAACUGUUAUGGGUCCUCACCCUAUUAAAUGUUGUGUCCAUUGUGUGUAUUGACAUAGGAGUGGUUAAAGUUGCUAUUCAAAGCAAAUGCUGUAAAUAAUACACUUGUGUAUUUUAACUUAACAUGCCAACUUCAUGCCUCUCAGCAUUCCUUCACUUAAUUCUCUUCUGAAACACAACCUUUCAGGCAGAACUGUAACACAAUACUGCACUACUUUGAGACAUUCUUCUGCUCACUGACAUUUGGAUAUCUUUGGAAUACUUUCUUCCUUGUCUUCAGAGGCACUGAGGGGACAAAAAGAAAACAAAAUGCAUACAAUAAAAUUGAGAAACUCUUGAUGAACUAA